AUGACUGGUAAAAGGAAAAUGUUUUCAUCUACAGAUGCGCCAUCUAAGAAGUCAAGGAAGGCUAUUGAUUUAGACUGUAAAAUGAAGAUUAUCCGGCAGUAUGAAGGCGGAAAGAAGGUGAAUACAAUAGCACAUGACUUGAAGUUAUUGCAUUCCACUGUGUCAACGAUACUUAAAGACAAAGGAAGAAUUUGUGAAGCUGUGAAAGGUUCUGCACCUCUGAAGUCUACAAUUUUAGCCAAACAACGUCAGGGACCUAUCCAUGAAAUGGAUAAAUUGUUAUUCAUGUGGAUGGAAGAUUUAAUACAGAAAAAAAAAACACCCAUGAACUUUCUCACAGUGCAAACAAAGGCUAGAAGUCUGUUUCAGACUUUAAAAUCACGCUCCGGAGACAAUUACGCACAAUAUUUUCAGGAGAAGCAGGAAGUGCAGAUGAAGAUGGAACCCAAAAAAUGCGUUGAUAGUUUUGACGAAUUAAUGGAAGAAAAAGGUUAUCUACGAGAAACAAAUAUUCAACGUAGAUGA